GGAAAUGAGUCUCCGUGAGAAUUUUCUGAUGUCAGCAUGGGAUUUGAGCUGGUGCUCAAAGAGUGGGUACCCUGCAUAUGCUGACUGGUUCCCGGUCCUCAAUAGCUCAUCUCCUGUUAAUCUGUUCGUGAUCCGUGGAAUUUGAAGUGUUGCGAUUCAGGUUCAAGUAUAUACGAACUCGCCGCGCUCUCAAAAAGCUUACACACGCGGAGUGUGAAAUCGUGUUCAACACUCACCGUCACUGUCUCGCGUAUGGCCCCAGCCUUUGUGUAUCCUCUGCGGUCAUUCUAUGGACCGCUGAUUAUCUGCACCGUCGUAUCUGCACGGCCUAUCUCAAUUAUCCUCCACUCAGACUCAUAUGACAUUAAUUCAUCAACCCCCGAACCGUUGAUUACUGCAUGUCUUGUCUCCUUCAUAGUUCUAUUGGUUCUUCUUGUCGUCAAGCUUAUUUAUAUGAAAUAUCGCCGGCUGAGUGUCAUCCGUUCUCGAAUUCUCCAGUCAACUUCCCCUCAGGAUCUUUCGCUGAACUCUCGUUCUUCUCUACUUUCUCUCAAAGCCACUCAACUGAAGGCAUUUUGCUCCAAAUACACACCAUCUCUUGCGAUCCUCGUCGGAUGCUUCGGAUCUCCUGCGUGGGAGACUGACAUCGAAUCCGACUUUAACGUGAGCUCGACAAAGCAACGCCGAACUGCAUCGUUCAUGUAUCAACUACACCGGCAGUCCAAGCAAUGUUCGUCAAAAUCCUAUUCCGUGACUCACCGUUCGAGCAAGAGUUCGACUUCUCAGGCACCUCUGUCCCAUGCGCAGCUUUCGCGUUCUAUGUCUUUUUUUAGUUUUUCCAGCGAUCACAGUACAGAAGACGCGACAAAGAAACUCAGGCCCCAUCUUUUACCUAAUACCCGGGUCCUCGCAUAUCCUACCAAAGCACGGUCGAGAGAAAUUGAUACCAUCGUUCCCCAGAGGUAUUCACUAUUCAUUGAUAGCUCAAUGCCUGGACAGCUUGGCAACUUCUGCGAGAAAUGCGACACCAGUCGCAGCAGUCUCCGGUCUCGUAACUUGUGUCAAAGUGGUCGAACGACCUCCGGUGUAGAUCUUGGCCCGUCUCUAAGGCUUGUUGGGGCCUCUGAUGUGACUGCCGUCCCGUAUUCGUUUUUGUCUGCAUUCCCACCUUCUUAUGUUUUAUCACCCCUCACCGGAACUCGCGAUUCUCUGCAGCUUUCUAGGCGUCAUUCAGUAAAAUCAACUCGAAAACCUGUCCCUCCUAUUCCGCCAUUACCAUCUCACAGUCUUCUCAGUCAACAACCGUCAUGCAUGUCUCCGGCUAAGUUGCCUAAAUCGCUACCUUCCCCUGCAAGAGUUCCUCGAUUUUCACCUCUUCUCGAGUAUUCUCCACUCAUCAGUACAGGCAACUUUCCUGCCAUCACCGAUCAGGCGACCGCCCACUUGUCACAUAAUGCCCCCCUGUCGCCUAGCAAUUCUUCAAAACUCAAGACUAGUCCUCUCGCCUCUCCGAGUACUGCUGAUUAUGUUGCUACCGUCGGAUCGCUUCCUCAUGUCUUGCAUCCCGCAAAUCCCCUUGUGUUUGCCGUCCAAAAGAUGAAGAGAAAGACGAAGCACAAGCGCUCAUCCACUAGGUCACGUAGUAGAACCGCACCCAGUGCAUCACCUCUACGCAUCAUGGCGCUACCAGAGGAUAUGUCAGACCGCAAGCCCGUUAGAGAUACACCUACCAGCGACAAGGAAAAUCAUGCUACCGCUAUUUCCGCGAGCAAGGCUAUCAACGGUGAUCGAAUUCACCGCUUGAUGAUGGAUGCCUCAAAUCGGCUUUCUCCGAUUCUAGACCUGACUUCUAGAUUGGAUGCACAACUCGAUCUACGUUGUCCAAGCCAGCCCCUUGAUGUGGUAUCCUCCGCCGGUUCUGUCAAAUCCACACAGAGCCUCGCCCGUUCUGAUAUCGAGGGGUCUUUUAGCGAGGUGUCAUCAUUGCAAACUCCGAAGUCUGAUCGCCUGGAUGAGGUUGACAUUGGCAUGCUGGGGCUCGAUCGUUUCCAUUGGGCUGAAGAAAGCGAAGAAAUGCUCAAGUCGGGUUCUUCUCACAUGAAGAAUGAUAGCGUGGCAUUGAUCUCUUUGUGGGAAGAGGGACAGUGGAUGCGAGAGAAUCAAUGGUGAGAAUUAUACUUUUCGACGCGUUCGGGGACUGAUGCAAUCCAGUCCAGACGUUGGAAACUAUAUGAUAGACAUUGGAUGAGUUGAUCGUCACGUUAUUGAAGCAUUCUAUGUAUUAUCUCGGUUUGUCUCCUUAUCACCGUAUAUUGUAGAUUGUUCAGUGAACAGAUAAUAUAAUUAAAUAUCAUGUUACACCAUAUGUCAGUAACAA